AUGCCCGGCCUCGUUCGCAAGCUGCUCAUUUUUGCCGCCGUCGAUGGCCUCAUCCUGCAGCCCGCCCCGCCGCGCAACCAUCCCCCGGCCACCCAGCAGGCCAUCAAGAUCGACUACAAGGGCCACAUCCAACCACUGCUGAAGGACCGCCGCGAAGAGGACACUACCCCGCAGGCCCUGGAAGCCCACGGAAUCGUUGGUCUUCUGCAAGUCGCGAAAGCCUCCUUCUUGGUCGCAAUUUCUCGGCGCGAGCUCGUCGCUCAGGUCCGCGGAAAGCCGAUAUACGCCAUCACCGAUGUCGUCCUCAUCCCUCUUGCUUCGCAGGCCGACGCGAACAAUGCGAUUGUGCAGGCGCGCGAAAGUCUAAAGCGUUCGAGGGGCUCGGAUGCCAGCGGCCAUGAUUCCAGUUCCGAGUCGGACACGGACUCAGACACAGACACCUCGUCGGAUCACCUCACCAUUGACGAGUCGCUGCCGGACACGCCACCGCCCGAAGCCGAGAAGGAUGCGACUACUGCCACCACCGGCCGGAGAACAAGCGUCGCCCAGGACGUUAUCGGACGGAAAGGGGUAUACGGGAGAUUUGCCCAGAGAUGGUUCUCGAAGAAGGGUUGGAGUGCCGAGGGUCGGCGCAUGCAAGGCAUGAGCAGCGACGAAGAUUUGUCCAAGAAACCCGAAUCCACAUCUCCAGCACCCGCUCCCCAGGACGAUCCCGCCGCUGCAGCCGAAACUGCUGCCCCCCUCUCACCGCCGGUUCCUGGAUCUGAAGCCGCGGUGAAGCCUGCCCAGAAUCUGUCCGGGAACCUGCCUCAGCCCGCGGACAACACCCCCGGGACUCUGUUGCCCAAGAUCCUCAAGACGACCAAGAUUUACUUCAGCAGCAGAAGCUUCUUCUUUUCUUACGACCUGGAUCUCUCGAGGAGUUGGGGAAAGCAGGCGGAAGCCCAUUCUUCGCUCCCUUUAUUCAAGCUCUAUGAUCCCUUGUUCUUCUGGAACAGACACAUUGUCGAACCUUUCAUUGAAGCCGGGCAGAACAGCUUCGUACUACCAGUAAUUCAAGGAUUUGUGGGACAGAGAGUGUUCUCCGUUGAUGUGGCUUCGGAAUCGUCCGGGUCCACCGUAGUAGGCGCGGCAUCGGAGCCUGAAGAAGUUGUUGCUGCUCAGGAGAACGCCGCUGCGAAGAGAUCCACAUCCCCUCGGCCUCCCUCAAGAUCUAACACAAAAUCAGGCCUGUCCCAGCCUCAAGUGACGCCGGUCUCUGUUCACAGUUCCACUAAGAAGGACUACGUGCUGACACUGAUCUCUCGGAGAUCCAUCCAGCGCGCAGGCUUGCGAUAUCUCCGUCGCGGUAUUGACGAGGACGGUCAUGUGGCCAACAGUGUCGAAACGGAGCAGAUUCUGUCACCGCAAUCGUGGGACUCGGCAGAUGGCAAGAUAUAUUCCUUUGUGCAGUUCAGAGGCUCCAUACCCCUCUUCUUUUCACAGUCGCCCUAUAGCCUGAAGCCCAUCGCCCAGUUCUGGGGCUCACCGGAGACAAACGCGACGGCCUUCAAACUCCAUUUCUCUCAGCUUGCUGCUAGGUACGGCGGUGUUCAGGUUGCCUCGCUGGUUGACAAGCACGGAACGGAGCAAAAGAUAGGAGCAGCGUAUGAGGAGUAUGCAAAGGCCCUCAAUGAAAGGGGUGGCAUUGAUGGUCGAGGCAUGCUUCUUGGCUUCGAGUGGUUUGACUUCCACAACGUAUGCCGAGGAAUGAAGUUCGAGAACGUUGCUUUGCUCAUGAACUCUCUGGGAAAGAACAUGAAAACCUACGGAUGGACUGUCGAGGAUCGUGGACAAAUAGUCCAAAUGCAGAGUGGUAUUCUCCGCACCAAUUGCAUGGACUGCCUGGAUCGCACAAACGUGGUGCAAUCGGCUUGUGCUCGUGAGGCUCUCGAGAAGCAGCUCGCCGACCAGAGUGUGAGCAUCGACCUCCAGACCGAUCCUCGGACUUCCUGGUUCAACACCCUUUGGGCAGACAAUGGCGACGCCAUUUCGAAGCAGUACGCCGGAACGGCAGCGCUGAAGGGCGACUUCACCCGCACCAGGAAGCGCAACAUUACUGGAGCCCUGACUGACUUUGGUCUCACCCUUUCGCGCUACUACAACAACAUCGUCAAUGACUACUUCGCCCAGGCCGUCAUCGACUACCUCCUCGGCCGCGCCACUGAGGACAUCUUUUUCGACUUCGAGGACGACAUGAAAGCCCAGGAUUACGCCAUCGACCUGCGUAAGGUUCGGCAGCUAGCGAUUUCCCGUUGCGCCGAGCUGGUCAUCGAAGACCCGCAGGAGGACCUGCUUCACGGCUGGACCUUGUCGUGUCCUGCCAAGUCCAGCUCCCUUCGUUCCCUCCCAUUCGAAGAAUGCGUGCUCCUUCUCACCGAACGAGCUCUGUACUUCUGCCGCUUUGACUGGGGCACGGAGAAGGUGCGUGAGUUUGAGCGGAUAGAGUUGGAGGACGUGAAGGGGCUGGCCAAGGGCACAUACAUCACGAGCACUUUGGCACCACGCCACAUGGACGAGUCAAAGAACGUGGGCUUCGUCGUGCAGUAUGUGCAUACAGGUGCGAACUUGAUGCGCGUGAACACGAGGAGUCUGGCGACCGAGAAGAGCGAGUCCGGGGCGCAGACCGAGGCCGAGGCAAAGCAAGAGGCGGAGAGGAAGAAGGCAGACGGAGAGCUUGGAGAUCAGGCCGAGGAGCAGAGUGAAAGCGGAAAGAUGCAAAUGGCACCCGAAGGCGACAAGCCAUCUGUGAAGGACGUCGACGCCCCGGCGGCAAAAGUAAACGAGCCGACCCCGCUGGCACUGCUGAAAAAGAAGACAUCCACGAUGUUGAACACGGCCCCGCCCCCUCCACCUGGCGUCGAGAACCGUUACUUGGCGUUCAAGGCGCUGCCACCCAAGUCGAGCUUCGCCACGACCAGCGGCAGCAACGACGCAGACGCCGAACCACCCAGCGAGCGCGAGCUCGUGGGUAUGAUCUGCGAGGAGAUUAAGCGCGCGAAGGUACAGCGGUUAAAAACCGUCCAAGAGACUGGAGGUGGUAGAGGCAGGGAUGCCGGAGGGAAGGGCAAAGACGCCACCAGAGACGGCGAAGACCUGCAGAUCGAAGACCGCGAUGUCGUUUCGCUGGCGGAGGCGAAGAAGAGUACGGGAUAUCUCGAGCAGAUCGGUUAUUCGUUGAAGAAGCUUGUGUGGGCUUGA